CACCUGGGUCUCCACCCCACAGCUGCACAUAGCCUCCCUAGCCCGGCGCCCGGCGACCACACUUGUCCCUCCCGCCCCCACGGCUGCCCACUCUCCCUCACCAUGGGGAACAGCAAGAGUGGGGCUCUGUCCAAGGAGAUCCUGGAGGAGUUGCAGCUCAACACCAAGUUUACCGAGGAGGAGCUGUGUGCCUGGUACCAGUCCUUCUUGAAGGAGUGCCCCAGCGGCCGCAUCACGCGGCAGGAGUUCGAAAGCAUCUAUUCCAAGUUCUUCCCGGACUCAGACCCGAAGGCCUACGCGCAGCACGUGUUCCGCAGCUUCGAUGCCAACAGCGACGGUACGCUGGACUUCAAGGAGUACGUGAUCGCCCUGCACAUGACCACGGCGGGCAAGCCCACGCAGAAGCUCGAGUGGGCCUUCUCACUCUACGACGUGGAUGGCAACGGCGCCAUCAGCAAGAACGAGGUGUUGGAGAUCGUCAUGGCUAUUUUCAAAAUGAUCAAGCCUGAGGAUGUGAAACACCUUCCAGAUGAUGAAAACACCCCAGAAAAGAGGGCUGAGAAGAUCUGGGCGUUCUUUGGAAAGAAAGAGGAUGAUAAACUUACAGAGGAGGAAUUCAUCGAGGGGACCCUGGCCAAUAAGGAAAUUCUACGACUGAUCCAGUUCGAACCUCAAAAAGUGAAGGAGAGAAUAAAGGAAAAGAAUCAGUGAUGGGAACUGCUCAUCUCCU